AUGGUAUGCGAAAGAAAGGACACAUACCAACCAAAUAUUAGGAAGUUGAAACGAGAUGACACAAGAUCAAGGAAAUACGAGUGCCCGCUUAAAUCGCGAGGAUACUAUAUGGUGGAUGAGACAUGGAAAUUUAAUGUGAUUUAUGGUAUACAUAAUCAUGCCUUGAAUGACAAACUAGCCGGCCAUCCCAUUGUAUGUCGCCUUGUUCCAGGGGGGAGGGAACUUGUUUUAGACAUGACAUUAAACAUGGUGGCAUCGAAAAACAUACUCGCGUCUUUGAAAUGGAAAAUACCUCUAAAUGUUUCAAAUAUCAAGCAAAUAUACAAUGUGCAUACUCAAGACAAUAAGGCGGUAAGAGGACCAAGAUCUAAAAUGCAACAACUAUUGAAGCUUUUGGAAGAUGGUGACUAUGUUUCGAGAUAUAAAGUUUGUGAUGAUAAAGUCACCGUUCGAGAUAUACUUUAG